AUGUGCUUUCUGAAUUUGGAGGCACAUCAUUUCACAGUUUAGCCUAUUCAUCACCACUGCCUCAAAAUCCAACUUGGAGUACCAUGCAUGACAUUUCUGCCUCUUCUCUGCCAGUUCAGCUUGGACAGAGAGACCACCAGAUAGGAAAAGUAUUUGUAUGUACUGAGGCCAAUGGUGUGAAUAAUACAGAUGCAUCCAAGUUAAAUAAUUUGGUUCCUAACAUGACAAAUUUAACUCCUAGCUCGGAGGACUACUUCGCAGAAUUGACAAGCACUUUGUUUGACUUUUCAAAUGAGGAAGAACAGCUUUUCAUGGAUGCUGAUGGAAAUGACCUGAUAGAAAAGUCUUAUAUCCAUAGUUUCAGUUCACUUCUAGAUUCUCCUAAUAAGAAUGAUUUGCCCAACAUUGUCCAAGAGGCUCCCGAUGCACAUUUUACUCUUACUAGUGGUGCACAUAGUGAAGAGUCAGGGAAGAAGGAGCUGUAUCAAAGUUCUAUUCUAUACAACAAAAUACCACCUGAGCGAACUGCGAAAACUUUUGGUACUGAAUACCGUAAUGGAGUCAUAUGCUGCACAUUGAACACCGAGGACCCAGAAAUUCCUAGCAAUGCUGAUGUUUUUCUUCCCUUCAGGUUUCCCUCUUCGUCUAAUUCCUCAGGGCCUAAUUGGAGAGAUCACAAUGCCUAUUAUCUAAUGCCGUUUUCUAUGAAGAAUUUCUCAAACACAAGAAAAGCAAAUGGAGGACAGCUUCCAAGGAAGAGUGAACAAAAAAAUUCCCAUGCACCUUCUCGCUUGAUAGGAUCAUCACAACAAAGAGACACAGGGACAAAUCAUAGACUUAGUAGUUAUGGAAUGAAAUUUGGGUUGCCUAACAGUAGUAUUCAACUGUCGGCACUCAAGAAUGCAAGAACUAGUGAAGAACCCAGUCGUAAAAGUUCGGUAAAUGACGUCAAUCUUGAUUAUAAAUCAGCCGGUCCUUGUUUAGCUAAGCAAUUUCAUGGUCCAGACAUUAUUCAAAGAUUUCAGAGAAGUAUUAUUGGCAGUUUGAAGGAUUUAGAUGCUAAAGUUACAGUUCCAAACAAUGGAGUAUUAAAUGCUGAAUCAAGUUCCGUACUGCCGCUAGUCUCACAACCAAUUGAAAAGCCUCUACUGUUGAAUCAGGAAGAGCCUUAUUCUGAGGAUGAUUUGGACGUGCCCUGCUUUUCUGAUGUAGAAGCAAUGAUCCUUGACAUGGAUUUGAGUCCAGAGAAAUUUGAUCUACAGUUGAGCCAGGAAGUUCUGUCAUACAAACAUGAUGAAACUAAGAGAUCAAUCAUAAGGCUGGAGCAGACUGCAGAUGGUUGUAUGCAUAGAACCAUUGCAGCUCAGGGAGCAUUUGCUGUAUUAUAUGGUCGCCACUCGAAGCAUUUUAUUAAGAAACCUGAGGUUUUACUUGGAAGAGCGACUGAAGAUUCAAAAGUUGACAUUGACUUGGGAAGAGAAAAGAACGGCAGUAAAAUUUCUCGGAGGCAGGCCAUAAUAAAGAUGGACAUAUAUGGAUCAUUCCGCUUGAAGAACAUAGGGAAAUCGUCCAUCAGUGUCAAUGGCAAUGAAGUUGCAUCUACAAUGAGUGUAACCCUUACUCCAGGCUGUCUGAUUGAGGUAAGGGGAUUGGCAUUCAUAUUUGAGACGAAUAAAAAGAAAAUACAGCAGCAUGUGGGAGCAAGUUGUUUGCGGGACUAUAAAGCUUUGAUCUGACAUUGGACGGGUGGAAGAUUUUGAGGAUCUAUGUUGUAUACAGAACUUGUAGUAAGUACUGUAUUUGUAAGAACUACAGAGAUUUUUUACAAUAGAAGGAACUACAUCGUUGAAUGAUGUA